UUGUGCCACAUCCAAAUUCGGCAUAUUCUCCAAAUAAGCUCUGUAUGUGCACUUCCAUCAGCAUCAGUGGGAUUCCCAGCCGUCCUUCAGGACUCACCUCAUCCUUGAAGUUUUGCAUAAUUUCCCCUAAGCCUGGUAGUAAUUUCUCUAGUCCCUGCCUUCCCAUAAAGUUACUUACAGCAAGAAAACCUCACUUCUACCUGCCAGACCUUUAUAUUGGAAAGUUCAGAUUUAAAAGAAUAUGCAGAACACUGUACAGAUGAAGGUUUUAUCCCAGCCUGCUUACUGGUUCACAUGGCUUUCAGGAUAGCAAGAGCAGAUUAGGACUGUGUCCUUACUUUUAAAUAGUCAUAUAAUAACUGAAUCUGUACCACCCAGCUGAAAAACUGCUUUUCUGCCCAUCGACUGUCUUAGCCAAGAAAACACAUGACCACAAUGCCCUAUUCAAACAGUCCUUAUUUGGAAAAAACUUGACAACAAUUUUGAAUGAAUAUGUAGCUAUGAAAGCAAAAGAAACAUCAAAUGAUGUCCCAGCAAUAAUGUCAUCUCUGUGGAAGAAGUUAGACCAUACACUUUCUCAGAUCAGGAGCAUGCAAAGUUCCCCGGGGUUGGCUGCCAAUCAGAGAGUCCGAACAAGAAAUGGAAUUGCAGAAAUCAAACGGCAAAGAAGGCUUGCAUCUCAAGCAGCUCCUGUCAGUUCAGAUUUGCUGAUUUUACCUUAUGUUUCAGCACAAUUCACUACUGCUCCUUUGACCGCUGCGCAGCCUGUCCAACCAACUAGCCAAAUUUCAACCCCAAUGAGGUCAAAUUUUGUAGUCGUCAAUCACUCCCAGUCACAAGAUACUGUAACUACUGGAGAGUCUUUAAAUAUCGUUCCUGGCCCCCAAGAAAAGAAAUCACAGGCCAGUUUAAUGUCACCUGGUAGGCGUAAAAGUGAAUCACAAAGGAAAACUAUUACUUUGUCUGGGCCUCACUCAACAAUACGGAAUUUCCAGGACCUAAAUACAUUUGCAGUAGAAAAACAAAUGGUUAUUGAAAAUGCACGUGAAAAAAUACUAAACAACAAAUCUCUUCAAGAAAAGCUUGCAGAAAACAUUAACAAAUUUUUGACUAGUGAUAACAAUAUCACUCAAGUACCCAAGCAAACAGAUAGCAACGUUGCUGAACCAGAAGCUUCAAUUGAUGAACUCCUAGGACUUCCGAGUGAAAUCCACAUGUCUGAAGAAGCGAUACAAGAUAUACUGGAACAGACAGAAUCAGACCCUGCAUUUCAAGCACUGUUUGAUUUGUUUGACUAUGGUAAAACAAAGAACAGUAAAAAUAUAUCACAAAGCAUUUCUAAUCAGCAUAUAGUUUUACCCGAAGAAGCAAAUCUAGUGGUUAAAAGUUCUUUUGAAAUACAAGAAUCUGAUGGUCAACCUGGUCAGCCUGCUUGUCCGUCCUAUGAAAAUGAAGAUGCACUAAAUGUUUUAAAGGAUGGCGGAAACCAAGAAGUGCUUAGACAGCAAGCCCAGGAAGAUUUUUUCCAAAUAGACUGUGGCAUCCAGAAAAAGUCCAUUAAAACAGUAGCACCUACAGAACAGAAGUGUGACCUUGAUAUUACCUUUGAGUCUGUGCCUAAUUUGAACGACUUUAACCAAAGAGGAAAUUCUCAUGCUGAAUGUAAUCAGCAUUGUACUGAAUUAUACACCAGUCAGAUCCCUCCUGAAACUGAAAGGGCCAUGGAGGUUGGAAAGAAUUCUUUGUCUCCAAAUGUGGCCAGUGAGUCUCAGUUACAGCCUGAACAAUCUGACCUACCAGUAACUUCGUUUGUUACACUUGGUGGUGAGGUGAACAAUGAAAACUUAAUUCUCUCUGGGAAAAGUUCUCAACUUUUGUCUCAAAAUACUCCCCUAACUGGAAAUCCAUCUAAAAAUAGUCAGUUUUGUGAAAGUCUUAACAAUACGGUAAGACUUAAAACUAAUUUCCAUAGUUCCACAUUACCAGAUUCUAGUGAAAUUCAAAAGAAUAAAAUUGAAAUAAAUAAUGUACUACCACUUGUGUCACAAGAGCUAUCAGGUUGCCAGGAGAAUUCUUCACUUCAAAAUAAAAUAAUACCUGUGUCUGUUGAAAAUUCAGCUUUACAUGUAUCUGAACAGCAAAUAGAAAUUCGUCUUGAAGAUUCAGUCUCUUCAGUUAAACAACCAUAUAAUGAUUCCACAGUUACUGAAUUAAGUCAUGCAGAAAGUGAAACUGAGCCACACAAGUCUGACAAAGCUACUUUGGAUUCACAGGAGCCUUCAUCUUCCGUAAAAGGAGGAGAUAACAUUUUUCUUUCUUUAGGUAGAACUGACAGCUGUGAGGACAUUGCAGUGAUACCUCCGGAAGGUAACUCUUUAAAAAACAGCCAGUCUCUUCCUUCAGAACCGGGGUGUUCUUCAGUGGGAGAUUCUCACUCUGAGUCCCGGAAUCCUGGUGAUAAACCUUCCAGUGACAGCUCUGCAGAGAUAGAUGCUUCCAGUAUUGUCUCCCUCAAAAUUAUCAUUAGUGAUGAUCCCUUUGUUUCCUCGGAUACUGAACUGAACAGUGCUGUGUCUAGUAUCAGUGGAGAAAACUUGCCAACUAUCAUUUUAUCUUCUCCUGCUAAAUCACCUGCCAAAAAUGCAGAAUUAGUUAAAGGGCUGUCUUCAGAAGAAACUGCGGGUUCUGCUGUAUCUGCCGAAGUAGAGGAUUCAGCCUCAGUGGAACAGAGCCUUUUAACACUCAAACCUGAGGACUCUGCAGUAAGUAACACUCAGAGUGAAGACGGCACUGCUUUCUCAGCCGGUGUCACACCGUGUGUUUCCAAGGAAGGAGGGUUCAUACAGUUGAUGCCAGCCACAAGCACAACUUUUGGCAACUCAAAUAACAUUCUGAUUGCUACCUGUGUGACUGAUCCAACAGCCUUGGGAACAACUGUCAGUCAAUCUAAUGUUGUGGUGUUGCCUGGAAAUUCUGCACCUAUGACUGCACAAGCUCCUCCACCGAAGUUACAGACACCACCAAGAUCAAACAGUGUAUUUGCUGUCAACCAAGCUGUGUCACCGAACUUUUCACAAGGUUCUGCCAUUAUAAUUGCUUCUCCGGUCCAGCCUGUACUUCAGGGAAUGGUGGGAAUGGUCCCUGUGUCUGUGGUUGGACAGAGUGGAAAUACCUUUCCUGCACCACCUCAGCAGGUCCUCCACAUGCCUUUGGCAGCACCUGUGUGCAGCAGAAGUAUCCCUCAGUUCCCCAUUCCUGCAAAAUCUCAGAAGGCUCAGGGGCUGCGAAACAAGGCUUGUAUAGGAAAGCAGGUCAGUAAUUUGGCAGACUCUUCAGGUCAUUCAGUUGGAUGUCAUGCACAAAGAUCUGAAGUUUCUGACAAGAAUAUGGCCACAGGAGUUGGGAAAAAAAUGGAAGAAAUCCCAGGUUCCUUCUCCGGAGAGAGCAUAGUUCCAGCUAGCAAACCAUUUGAAAGCCAUAGACGUGUGCUGUGUUUUGAUAGCACUUCUCCUUCAAUGGCAAACACGCCGGGGUCAAGCCAUAAGGUGGUUUCCCAAAACAAAGAAAGGAACGAAGCUUCAUCGUCUCAUCUUGACUCACCCACUGUGUGCUCCACAUUAAAACCCCCUUCGAAUGCCACCAAAAAAGAGAGAGAGAAAACACCUAUUCCCAAGAUUUUAUCUAAAUCAGAAAGUGCUACUAGUCGGCAUACCGCCAUAAAAGAAAGUCAGUCAGAAAAGAAAGUUUCACCAACAGAAAUGGUGCUUGAAUCCUUCCAUAAAGCAACAGCUAAUAAGGAGAAUGAAUUGUGCAGUGAUAUGGAAAGGCAGAAAAGUUCAGACGCUUCAAGAUUGUCCGUUGGGCAGCAAAAUGGGAGUUUACGAAAUGAGAAAGCAGCAUCUUCACUGCAGGAAUUGACCAAGAAACAAGUUUCAUCUUCAAACAGUAAAAAUGUUCUCUCAGUAGGUACAGCGGUAAAGGAUCUAAAACAAGAACAAGCUAAAUCUGCCAGCUCUUUGAGCACCACAGAAAUACUACAUGACGUGCAGUUGCACAGCCCAGUAAGCAGACUCGCUGAUGGUGCUGAUUUGCCUGUUCCCCGGACACCUGGCUCAGGAACCGGGGAAAAACAUAAGGAAGAAGCUGCAGAUGUCAUCAGGGCUCCCUCUACUAGGCGUUUUGCUGACGACAGUAGCACACCCAAAGCAAUGAUCCCUCCUAUCACCCCAGACCUGCCUGCCUGCAGCCCUGCCAGUGAGACGGGCAGUGAAAAUAGUGUCAGCAUGGCCGCCCACACGUUAAUGAUUCUCUCCAGAGCAGCCAUUUCCAGGACUACUUCCGCAACUCCUCUGAAAGAUAACACUCAGCAAUUUAGAACGUCUUCAAGGAGCACCACCAAAAAAAGGAAAAUCGAGGAGUUAGAUGAGCGUGAGCGGAACUCGCGCACUUCUAGUAAAAGUCUUGCAAAUUCAUCAAUACCAAUGAAGAAGAAGAAAAUUAAGAAAAAGAAGCUACCUGGCUCAUUUCCGGCGGGAAUGGACGUGGACAAAUUUUUGUUAUCAUUACAUUACGAUGAGUAAGCGUCUCACACACAGGACGCUGGUUGUUUAACACUUGUAUCCCUUAAACUGUGGGUGUGGGGAAUGGGAUAUGGACAGAAAUGGAAGACAUGACCUGCACUUUCCAUUGUACUAAAGUUUCACUUUAUACCUAAUCAUGCUGUUUAUGAAGCAGCAACCUAGUUUGUAAAUAGACUUGAUAUAUUUCUAUUUUGGAAAAAAAAAAAUUCGCAGAAAUGUAAGUAAAGCCAGUCUGCAAAAACUGUACAGCUUUGACAGUUGCAUAUUGUAAAUGUUGUGUAAAUCUUUUUGAAAAUAGAGGUUAAAUCACCUAAUGUUCUUACACUGCGUUUUUUGACUUAUGAUCCUUAAUUGAGGUUUAUUCAUCUGGAAUAGUAUCUCAUUUCUUUUGAAGGAAAGUGUUCCUUAGCCUUAUAAAUUACUUUCAGCCAUUGUUUAAAAAGAUAUUUAAGUAUAUAGCCACUAAGUACAAAAAAAGAUAACUACCUCAACUGGUAGUAAUCAACAGUUUGAUGGAUUUUUUCCCUGUAGACUCAGUACUUUACCUCCCUUUCUUGUAGUUGCAGUAAAAAGUAUAUCCCUAAAAUUUUACAAUUAUUUCUUGAGGUCAUUUUAUUCUCUUUGUUUUGAAGAGAAUUUUGUAAGCCAUUUAUUGAGUGUUCUCAUUUUCCUUUUAACCCUUUUACAGAACAUUAAGUGGUUAGACUGUUGAGCCAUACAAAAUUGUUAUAAAGUAGUUGCGAUUUCUCAGUAUAUAUAACUUGCCCCCUAAGCACUAGGGAUAUAAAGAAUUGCACUAAUUCUUCACGUAGUAGUGAUCAAUGCACAUUUAAUUUAAAUCUUGUGUUUUAAGUUAAAGUUCGUGUGGAUUAUCUUCUGGUGUCCUGAAAGUCAUGUCCAUCAAAAGAUGUAAAAAGAGAAAUCAUAGUUUUAUAUUUUAGUUUCUCCUAAAAUGGGGUGUGUUAAAUAACAGUAUCCACACUUAGAUAUAGCACAUUGUCUGUGUGUCCCUUAAAGUGUUCUAAACAGAUACUCUCAAAGCCCUUAAGUGGAGUGAGAGAGGUGCCUUCUCUGUAUUGAACUCACGUAACAGCAGUCAAGUGAAGAACCAGUUUAAACUUUUAAAUGAUAACAAAUUAUAAUUAAUACCUGACCAGUUGUGCCUAGAUAUUAAAAUAUGCUUAAGUGCUUUCUGUUUAAAUGUGAGUACAUUAGGAUUUUUUUUUACACAGGUGUAUAUUUUGUUGAAAAGUCACUUUGCUCAACCAUUUUUUGUACUGGGUCUUUAAAACAAUAAAUCCAUCCUAUUCUAAUACAA